AUGGCUCAAGUAGGACAAGUGGUCGCAUGGUACAUCUGCACCAUCGUCGCGUGUGCCUUUCUGGCCUGUCGACUGGUGGUGCGCUGGAAAAAGUUCCAGACGUUCUAUGUCGAUGAUUAUCUCUUGACAGUUGCCUGCGCCUGUUUGAUAGGCGAUUUGGGCAUCCAGCAUUACAUGUUCAACCUGGGAAUGGCCCACCCGGCGGCAUCGACCAAAGCGGACACCGUCAAUAUGAUGAAGAUGAUCAUCCCCGGUUCCACUUUAUAUGUGACGUCUCUGUGGUUGAUCAAAGCGGGAAUGGUGUGUUUCUAUAAACGACUGGCCGACCGGACGAGAUAUCAGACGAUCUACAAUAUUACAUUGGUCUUCCUCGGAGCGACAUGGCUGGCCAUCUUCUUGGAUAUCAUCUUCAAGUGCUUCCCGGUCGAUCGCAUUUGGGAUGUGGAUAAUCCCCAACGAGGAUGUUCCAACACGCAGACGAGGAUCAAUUAUUGGAUUACUAUUUUGUUCAACAUUUUCAGUGAUGUUUUUAUCAUCUGCCUCCCCAUAUCCCAAGUCAUGAGGAUCCGCAUGCCUCUCAAGCAGAAGAUUGGCGUGUUGUCCAUCUUCCUGUUGGGCAUUCUCGUCGUCAUCACCAGCAUAAUCCGCGCCAUCUACGCGUACAAAAAUGAGCAAAUGAUAACCUGCACCGUCUCGAUGAUCGAAACCGCCAUCGCCAUCGUCGCCUCCUGCCUCCCCGUCCUACGCACUCUCUUCUUCGGCUCGAAAUCUCGUAAUGGCACGUACUCCAACCGCUACGAAUUAUCCUCUGCAUCAGCCGUGCGCAAUGCAUCCAAACAUGUCGCCACUGUCUCGGCGAAUAUGAGUGCGGGGAGGAAUGAUUCAGAGGAUGAGCUAGUCAAGGAUGUAGUCGGGAUGGGCGAUGAGGUGAUUAAUGUGACGAGGGAGUAUCAGGUCCAGCAUGGGUCUGCGAGUUUUAGGUGA